AUCCCGCCCUUUAAAAUCCCCAUAAUAAUUCACCGUCGCCGGAACUCCCAUCACCGUUGCCGGAGCAAGUAUACUACUUAAGUUCAGUUUCAAACAUAUUUACGCUCAAGUCCUCAGAAAACUUUCUUAUUCCAGUUAGCACCUCUACUUUUUGACUUUUUUUUUGGCAAUUGCUACUGUUUAUCUCUCUUAAAGAUCUCAAUAAAUUUGGCUAAGCACUUGUUAUUUGAACUUGUGGUCGUAAAUUUCCUGAAGACUUUGCUCAAUUAGGUUAGGGUAGAUAUGGAGCCUAUGAGUUCAGAGAUGGAAUCAGCUCAGAUGAACAGUGCACCGAGGAGACCUCGUAUUCUUCUUGCAGCAAGUGGAAGUGUGGCUGCUAUUAAGUUUGCCAAUCUUUGUCGUUGUUUUUCUGAAUGGGCAGAAGUUAAAGCAGUUGCAACAAAACCUUCUCUUCAUUUCAUAGACAAAGCUUCACUUCCGGAAAAUGUCAUUCUUUAUACUGAUGAGGAGGAAUGGUCCACUUGGAAGAAGAUAGGUGAUAGCGUGCUACACAUUGAGCUCCGCAGGUGGGCUGAUAUUAUGGUUAUUGCCCCUUUGUCAGCAAACACACUUGGGAAGAUUGCUGGCGGACUAUGUGAUAACUUGUUAACCUGCAUCAUACGAGCAUGGGACUACAAUAAACCCCUUUUUGUGGCACCAGCUAUGAAUACAUUGAUGUGGAAUAAUCCAUUCACAGAAAGGCACCUUAUGAUAAUUGACGAGCUUGGGAUCUCUCUUAUACCACCAGUAUCAAAGAGACUGGCUUGUGGAGAUUAUGGAAAUGGAGCAAUGGCUGAACCUUCUCUCAUCUACUCAACUGUAAGACUCUUCUAUGAGUCACGAUCACAAUCAGGUGGCAGCAACAUGGCGUGAUCCACAGAUAAUUAAACUCCGUUCGUCGGUUUGUACAAGUGAUAGAAAUUGUCAAAAUUCAGGACCUCGAGUAAUGUUACUUAGCAUACGCCAGUUGUGUUUAUUUUUUUUUCUUAAAUUCUUCACCUCCCUAGUGUCAUGUUUGUAUCAAAUUCAAUCAAGGUUCAUGUUCAUUGUAGUCGAUUGCCUCAGAAUAUUAUGCAACUCUAUAGAGUAACUGCUGCUAAUUAUGCAUGUGAUCAUGAUCAUGACCA